AUGGAGAGGUGCAGAGUAAAGUAUUUGCUUACGGAACCCUCCCAAUAUGAGGGGACCAUCAUACUGAACCUACCUCAGGGCUACGGAUUCUCCGAACUCCCCUCCACGCUCGCCACGCCCGACACUUUGUACUUCGCCGGCAGCACGACGAAAGCUUUCACCGCCGCGGCUGCAGGCAAGCUGAUUCAUCAAGACCAAAGCAAGAAACCGACCAAUCUGAAGUGGACGACGCCGAUCAGCCAAAUCCUCAAGGACGACUUCAUCUUGUCGGACGAGUACGCCACCUCGCACGUCACCAUCGAAGAUGCGUUAUCGCAUCGCUCUGGCCUACCGCUUUUUGAUAACGUCUACGGCUGCGGCGAUGCAUCUGCUCUCGAUACAGUGCGGCUGAUGAGACAUCUGCCUUUCAGCGCUGACAUUCGGACGAAGUGGCAGUACAAUAAUUUUAUGUAUGCGGCUGUUCAGACUCUUGUGGAGCGUUUGUCAGACCAAAGCCUCGAAAAUUUUCUGGCUGAGGAGUUUUGGAAGCCACUUGACAUGGCUUCGACGAUGUUUGAUGUGCGCAAGGCACAGAGUAUGAAAGACGACAAUGGGAGUUCAAGGCUCACGAGGGGAUAUUUUUGGAAUGAUGAAGGCGGGCAUUAUGUUCCGGACGAAUAUCUCGAUCUUACGCCGGUUGCUGGAGCGGGCGCUAUGAUCUCCUCUGUUAACGACAUGGCCUUGUGGACCAAAGCUCUCUUGCAAGCCUCUCAGGACCUCACCAAAAGCUCAUCACCGAUCAACCACCAUCUGUUCCGCGACAUCACCACCCCAAGAUGUAUCAUACCUGAUGCAUACUCUGCAAUGUGGAAACAUAGCACAGGCGUCUCGGUGUACGCUCUCGGGUGGUUCGUCCAAAGCAUCGGGCGACUGACGCUGCUGUCACAUGGAGGUGGCCUGUGUGGAUUUGGAACGACGCUCUAUCUCGUGCCUGAAUGUGGGCUGGGUUUUGUGGCAAUGGGAAAUACUAUGGGAGCGAGUAAUUGUGUCGAGACUGAUCUAUUCUUCGAGGUUUUGAAACGACUGGGCAUAUUCGAGCCGGAGGUUGGAGUGACACAAGACUCGAAAGGGGCUUUCGCGACUCAAGGCGCAGAGCAGACAAAUCAUGAUCAGGUGGCGGAUCCAGUCCAAUUGACCACGGAUACAUCGCUGUGGGCGCCUGAGAACUAUACCGGCGUGUACUCACAUCCUGGCUUGGGAGACUUCACCGUGACCAUGGCGACAACACAAGUCAGAGAGCGUACCCGGCAUGGCAUAUCCGCCCAAGGUUCGACUACUCCAAUCACGAAGGAUACUCCCAUCCUUCUCGUCGAACCAUCCAGGAGAACAUGGCCAUACACAUACGUGCUCGUUCACCAAUCCGGUGAGGACUUCACGAUGGCAGUAUUCUUCAGGCGAGGCAACGAAGAACGAGAUACCGAGCCAGCCAGUCGAGAUUCGACAUGCAGCAGAAAGCUGGAGUGCAAGAACGGGCUGGUCAUGGAAUUCCUGUAUUCAGCCAAGGCACGGCUCGAGGGUUCUGGUGAGCGAUUAGGCAUGCAGCUGAGUCCGGAGUUGGCGGAUUGUGAGGCUGCGGAGGAAGAUUGGAGGAAGGGUAUGAUAUGGUUGGAGAAGAGAUGA